CUCACCAUCAAAAGGAUGUACCAUGGCAUUCCGAAACUUGAGUCCAGAUUCUGAACCGAGUGAAGCUCGAGAUCAAGUCGCUUUCUCUUCCAGAAUGAAACAAAGAGGACUCAAGAGCGUCUUCAGCGGCCUUUCAUUGGAGUUUUUGUUGUGGCCGUUUGCGAACAUGAUGGCUCCAUCGUAGCGUUCAUUCACUACCCGAGGACAUUAUACAUUCAUUGUAUCUUGUUAUGUGUCGCCCCUUCCGAGCCAGAUGCGCUUUCAAUCCUGUUAAUCAGCUCCACUAACAUAUGGGACUGAUUUUUUAUCAAAUUAUGGACAAUCUUCAUUAUGACAGGUCUUAUUCUUGAAACGGUGUUGAGAAAUUACCUCCACACCAAUCAGCAGUACGAAGUAGCUCAGGACUGGACAUAGCGGCCGUGGUUACCUGUGCGGUGUUGAAGGAUGACGUCCAUCGACUGGCUAACGUUACAGAUGGUACAGCCGUCAAUAUGACCGGCAUUCUGCGAGCUUUCCCGGGGUUCGGAGUAGAGGGACUGAGCCCGGAAAGUGCGCAGGAGUGCAGAUGGAUGAGGCAGAAUUCAUAUGGUGGCAGGCCUGGUAGAAACUGCUCUUGGGAGGCCAUCGCGGCGUUGAUAUAUGGAUCGAAGACUCAUUGGCAAUGGGUCAAGACAGAACAUAUGGCCUUCGUGGAACGGGUGAUGGGUGAUUCUAAUCACCUACGGUACAUUGCAUACAGCAGGCUUCUCCGAACACUGGCCACAUCAAUUACCACAACAGCAACCGGACCGACCAACCCUGCGAUCUCGAAUAUACGGAGGCUCUUAUUUCCCGGUUAUUGGACGUCCAUCGAAAUGUGUCCAAUCACCUGCGAUCGAUAUAAAAUUCAAUUAGUGAUCUUUGUCCAAACAAUAGAUAAAACCGGGCUUACAUCACGAGAGAUAUUUUCCGAAGGAUCCAACAAUGCAGCCCAGCGGGUAUUAUGGAAAACCAACAACCACUUUGAGCCUAUAUUCCCCCACUUCCAAGGUAAUGAUAAUCCAGAAGGGCAUAAUUGGGCCGUUGGAGAACUCAGGAUUGAGCUUCCAAAACUUCGAACGGACACCCAUAGAGCUCCCGGGGAUCCAAACCAGCCGAACACACGUCCGCUACAGCGAAAGAUAUGGUCAAGUAAAGCCGCGGGUCAGGGUGCAAAUCAAGGGCCAACGACCGCGGGAACGUCAUGCCGGGUGUUGUCGUAUAUCGUUUAGCCACCGGGGGGGUUUCCCGAGCCCCAAAGGAGGCAUUUGUAUUAAGUAGCACGCGCAAUUCCACUGCCUAUCGACAAUGACCCUGGUAAUAACGGUGGAGGAGGCGGAGUCGGAGAGGGCGGAGGUGACGGGAGAGAUGGAGGCGGAGGGAAUGCAGG